AUGAAGCCAGUCGUGUCCACAUUCCAAGCGUACUGUUGUACGAUAUUAUCUGCAUUUGGUAUUGUCAUAUUGUCAAUAAUUGGAUUCCUAUUCAAAACAAAUAGUGAAUCGUUUAUGGGUUCAAUAAAUGAUCCUGAAGAUGGAGCUGCAGUUGCAUCAACUGUAUUUAAAGCUGUAUUUGUUUAUUUGGCAUUCUUUGCAUUCUGUGGGUUACAAAUUGUUUUGAUUAAGAGACAGAAUAGAAUACAAUUGAGUUGA